GUCGAUAUACACGAGUUCGAGAGUUCCGAGUGUCUGGUUUUAUUAUCAGUGGUUGUGAUUAUUGUUGUUGUUUUUAUAUUUAUUUAUUUAUUAAGGUUCUUUUUUUUUCAAUAUUUAUUUUACUUUUAAGUGGAGAUUUAUAUUUUGUCUGAAGGUGAUUAAACAGAACCACUGGCGCGAGAGGAGGAAAGAUAACGUGGAGGCUGGUAUCAGCCAUGGGGACGGCGAAGAUGAAACAUCUUUGGCCGUUGGUGGUGUACAUAAUAUUAUCAGCAUGUCCUGCCGACUCUGCAAGAGGAGUUGGACGAGGACCCAAAAGAGAAGUGUUUUUUUUAAAUUUAGAAGACGGUUACUUCGGUUGUCAAGUAAACGCAUCGACGGAUGUACUCCAAUUACUGGAACUCUCGAGAAUAUGCGAUGGAAAAAACGAUUGUUAUCAAGGGGCCGACGAAGCCCGACAAAUACUCAAAUGUUCAGAUGAUUGUACUAAAGAGGACGGUACAAAAUGUCAGAACGGAGUUUGCCUUGACUCAGUUUGCCAUUGCAAUGACGGUUUCGGCGGAUGUAAUUGUCAAGUGCCAGAUGAGAACGAGUGUAAAUACAGGCCCUGUGAUAUUUUUGCUCACUGUACGAAUACUCUUGGUGGUUUCCACUGUUCCUGUUACCCCGGUUACCGGGGCGAUGGCUUUACCUGCGAAGACAUAAACGAAUGCGAAGAUCCAGUUCUCGCGUCCCGAUGCGUCGCGAAUGCCGAGUGCUGCAAUUUACCGGCAAAUUUUCUCUGCAAAUGCAAGCCAGGGUACAGAGGCGAUGGCGAAGUCCACUGCGAGGAUAUUGACGAGUGUCAGCUACCUCACUCAUGUGGUGAAAACUCACUCUGUCAUAAUGUACCUGGUAAUUUUACAUGUACAUGUCCCGAAGGAUUUACAGGAAAUCCAUACGAAAACUGUUACGACAUAAACGAAUGCGAUAAUCCAGGAAGUUGCGGUCACAAUGCGCGCUGUAUUAAUUUAUCUGGCGGUUAUCGAUGCGAGUGUCCCGAUGGAUUCGAAGGCAAUCCGGAGGACCACUGCAGAGACGUUGAUGAGUGUGUAAGAAGUCCAUGUGGACGGUCAGCUCUGUGUACGAACGUUGAUGGAGGUUUCAAGUGUCACUGUCCUGAUGGUAUGGACGGUGAUCCAUUCAGCGGUUGUAACGAUAUCAACGAAUGCGAGUCUAAUGAUAUGUGUGGCAAGGAUGCCACUUGUGUUAAUACUCAAGGCGGAUUUGAGUGUCAAUGUCUUCCGGGUUAUCAGCGUGAUCCAGUUCUAGGCUGCACGGACAUUAACGAAUGCUUGCGCGACAAUGCCUGCGCGCCCAAUGCCAAGUGCAUUAAUAUUUAUGGCUCGUAUAAAUGUGUGUGCCCUCAAGGUUUCACGGGACAUGGACUAAUUUUAUGCGAGAAUGUUAAUGAAUGCGAGAAAAAUCCCUGCGGCGAUAAUUCCGAGUGUGUGGAUACACUUGGGAGCUACAUAUGCCGAUGCAACCAGGAUUAUACUGGCGACCCUUACAAAGGCUGCACUGAUAUUGACGAGUGUAAUGGACCAGAGAAUCCCUGCGGCGCAAAUGCAGUAUGCAGGAAUUCCAUUCCUGGGUUCACUUGCGAGUGUCCACCAGGAUACAGUGGAAACCCAAGUCCUGCGGUAGCUUGUGAUCAGACGGACGUAACGACCCUGUGCAAGUCAAACUUUGACUGCGUCAACAACGCGGAGUGCAUCGAGGGCCAGUGCUUCUGCAAGGACGGAUUCAAGGCCGUUGGAGCCGAGUGCGAGGACCUCGACGAGUGCGCAACGAACCUAUGCGGCCCCUCUUCAGUGUGUAUUAACACCCGAGGAAGUUAUCACUGCUCCUGUGAGACCGGUUUCGUUGGUACUCCGCCGCAAAUACCCUGCAAAGCCCCAUGUGAGACGGUUACUUGCAGCGAGCAUGCCUACUGCAAACCCGACGGACAUGAGGCUUACUGCAUCUGCGAGGAGGGCUGGACGUUCAACCCCAAUGACAUCGCCGCGGGCUGCGUUGAUAUCAACGAAUGUGACCCGGUCAAUGGACCCUCUGGACGAUGUGGCAAAAACUCAAUAUGUACCAACACGCCUGGUGGUUUCAGUUGCCAAUGCAAGCCCGGUUACUCCGGCAAUGCCUUCAAGCAGUGCAUAGAUGUGGACGAGUGCGCAAGGACUGACGCCUGCGGUCAUGGUGCAACUUGUACUAAUACCAAUGGUGGAUAUACAUGCGCUUGUCCCGAGGACACGAUACCUGAUCCUGAUCCUUAUACCAAGUGCGUUGGAGUUGUGACAUGCGAUGCUGACAAUGACUGUCCUGGUAAUGCUAUUUGUGACUUAGCUAAAAGAUGUCUCUGUCCGGAGCCAAAUAUUGGCAAUGACUGCAGACAUCCUUGUGAAGACGUAUCAUGUGGCCCGAACGCCCAUUGCAUGAUAUUAAAUGACAUCGCUACUUGUCUAUGCAGCAAUGGAUUUACUGGUAAACCUGGCGUGAAAGGAGGAUGCGCGGAUAUAGAUGAAUGCGCAGUAAAUCCUUGCCCACCGGGAGCUGUAUGUAACAAUGAAGCGGGUUCAUUCUCCUGUCAGUGUCCAAGUGGUACUACUGGGGAUCCCUACAACGGCGGAUGCAAAGAAACAACAGUACCACAUGUAUGCGGACCAAAUUCCCCGUGUCCUGCCGGUGAGCAAUGUGUAAAAGAUGAAUUUGUUGGUAGUUAUGUUUGCAUUUGUCAGCAACGUUACACCCGAGAUCCAGAAACCGGCAAAUGCCGUGAUAUUAACGAGUGUCUUGAACACCGUGAUAAACCGCCGUGUGGUGUCAAUGCGAUAUGCAAAAAUUUACCCGGAAGUUACGACUGUCAGUGUUUGCCAGGUUUUCACGGCAAUCCAUUUACUCUGUGUGAAGAAUGCAACAGCAUUGAGUGCCAGUGUCAGCCGCCAUAUAAGAUUGUCAAUGAUAAAUGCAUGCUAGCGGGCUGUUCUGAAGGUGAAGCAUGUCCAAAAGGUGCUGAGUGUAUCACGAUUGCCGGUGGUGUGAGUUAUUGCGCGUGUCCUAAGGGAUACAGCACCCAGCCAGAUGGAUCUUGCGAAGAUAUUAACGAGUGUACAGAAGGUCGUCAAGUAUGUGGCUACGGAGCUGAAUGUAUUAAUCGUCCGGGAUCUUAUGAGUGCAUUUGUCCUCACGGUUAUGGCGGUGAUCCUUACAAUGGUUUAUGCUCGCCAGCACAAAAACGAUGCACAAGUGAUAAUGAAUGCAAGCCGAAUGAAAAAUGCGUACAGCCAGGUGAGUGUGUAUGUCCUCCGCCAUUCUACACGGAUGCCUUGGAUGGUAAUCGAUGUAAAAACCCGUGUGAUCGUUUCCCUUGUGGUAUGAACGCUAAGUGCACGCCAACCGACCCACCGAGAUGCAUGUGCGAGACCGGUUACGAAGGAGAUCCUCAACACGGUUGCGUUGACGUUAACGAAUGUAUCAACAAUCCUUGCGGUCAUGGAGCUUACUGUUUGAAUAAUCGCGGCGGACAUAUUUGCGAGUGUCCAAGAGGCACUGUGGGAGAUCCAUACGGCGCUGGUUGCACUGGUGCCAUUCAGCCGCGGCAAGAGUGCUCGGGCAACAAUGACUGCGAGAAUUAUUUAGCUUGUGUACAAGGUAGCUGCGUUAAUCCUUGUGAUAACGUACCGUGUGGUCCGAAUGCCUAUUGUGAGCCGGACAAACAUGUGCCCUGGUGUAGAUGCGUCGUUGGAUUCACCGAGGGCAAGAAUAAUGAAUGCGUUUCACAGUGCGAUGGCUUUGUUUGCGGAGCCGGAGCCCAGUGCAUUGUUUCUUACGACGGACCGACUUGUAAAUGUAUUGAAGGCUUUAUGGGCAAUCCUUUCCCGGGUGGUCAGUGUGUUCCCGACGUCUGUUCACCGGAGGUAACAUGUGCGGAGCCCAGUGUCUGCAUCGGUGGAAGAUGCAAGCGCAGAUGUGAAGGAGUCGUCUGUGGAAUUGGAGCAAGUUGCGAUCCGCAAACAAAUAAAUGUGUUUGCAACCCGUACUUUGUUGGUAAUCCAGACUUAUUAUGCAUGCCGCCGAUUGAGCCGCCACGUUGCGAACCAACUUGCGGGGACAACGCUCACUGUGAGUAUGAUGUAGCGGGUUUCAAGUGCGUUUGUAAUCCGGGAACGAGUGGCAAUCCGUACCAAGGAUGUGGCGCUCAGAAAAAAUCAGAGUGUACCAAUUCAAUGUGCGGCAGAGAUGCUCACUGUCAUGCUGGACCCAAUGCUAUCGAGUGUAUCUGCCCACCGGGUUUUGCUGGUAAUCCUUAUAUUCAGUGUCACGAUAUCAACGAAUGCAGUGGAAAUGCCUGCGGAACAAAUGCCGUGUGUCUUAAUACGCUUGGAAGUUAUGAUUGCAGAUGCAAGGAAGGCUUCUUUGGUAACCCAUUCGUCGGUUGUCUGGCAAUUGAGUCAGGCCCGUGCACAGAUCCAGCGACGUGUCACUGCAGCGAUGAAGUUCCGUGUCCCUACAGCCAUAGAUGCGUGGAAAGAAGUUGCGUUAGCAAGUGUAGUGACGUACAAUGUGGUCCCAAAGCAGUUUGUCAAGACGGCACAUGUACUUGUCCAUCAGGAUACACAGGAAAUCCAAAUGAUUUGGCUAAAGGAUGUCAUCUGAAGGCCCACUGCUCGAAUGAUCUUGAAUGCGAGUCUCAGCAGAUUUGUUUCCAAGUGGGUAAAGGCGUAAGGAAGUGUGUUGAUGCCUGUAGCAAACUACAGUGUGGUCCCAAUGCUCUCUGCGUUACGCAGAAUCAUGUGUCAUCUUGUAUAUGCAUCGAUGGUUACUUUGGAAAUCCCAGUAAUCUAGUGGAUGGUUGCCAACCUGACCGAUCAAUCGCACCGCCAGUCUGCUCACAUGAUUCCGACUGCGCUGCUGGUUACUUCUGCAUUUUAUUAGACAAUGGCAUCUACGACUGUAUUAAUCCAUGCAGCAAAAUAGUUUGCGGCGCCUAUCAGCGCUGCGAGCCCGACGGAAGUGGCCACGCGACUUGUAAAUGUCAAGAUGGAUACGAAUGGAAUCCCGUGAGUUCGAACUGCGAGAAACCAUCAGUACCCGACUGUAUAACUGACAGCGACUGUCAUACGACCGCAGCCUGUCGCCCGGAUGCUUUGGGUGUUUUGAAAUGUAUUCCGUCAUGCAAAUCAUUUACGUGUCCACAGAAUUCUCAGUGCAUCGCUAAUAAUCAUCAGGCAGCUUGCGAAUGUCUUCUUGGAUUCACGGGCAAUCCGAACGAUCGUCAAGGAUGCCAGAGUGCUAGACAAAAUAGAUGUACAACAGACUCCGAGUGCUCUGAAGAUCAAACAUGCAGAUCUUCUAAUGACGGUACUCUACUUUGUCUACCAGUCUGUGAUUUUGUAACUUGUGGGCCUGGGGCACUUUGCGUAGUCAAUAAUCACGUGGCAAACUGCGAAUGUCCACCAGGACUGUACGCUGGUGAUCCAAACGACUCAGCAAACGGGUGCAAACCAGUUCCCUGUGUCUACAACAUUGACUGCCCGCCCACGCAGCUCUGCGACCGUCUAAGUCAUACUUGUCACGAUGUAUGUGAAGAAAAUGCCUGCGGUACAAACGCUGUGUGUAUUGCCAAUGAUCACCGUGCAGUCUGUCAAUGUCCUCCGGGCUUUAAAGCGAACCCAGUAGCUGACGUCGAGUGUGUAGGCGUCGAAGCGUGUAAUCCAAACCCCUGUCAUCCUACGGCAAUUUGCGUGGUCGGUGCUGCCGACUCUCCUGUUUGUCAGUGCCAACCUGGUCACGUGGGUGAUCCUUACACUACAGGAUGUCAACCUGAAGGUUCUUGUGUAUCAAAUAAAGACUGUCCAGCUCAAUCAGUCUGCCAGAAUCAUCGCUGUAUCAACCCAUGCGAAAACGCCUGCGGCAAAAAUGCAAUAUGCGAGAUAAUUAAUGGCGAGCCAAUUUGCCGAUGUGUUAAUCGAUUCGUUCCAUCAGUCGAGGGUCCACAGCAUGGCUGCGUACGUGCUACGAAUUACUGCGUGACUUCAACAGACUGUGAUGAUGGUAAUUGUUUGGAUGGACAGUGUCGGGCUGUUUGCAGAUCUACUGAUGAUUGUGCUAGUGGAGAAAAAUGUAUCAACAACUUUUGCUCGAUUCCUUGCGUCACACCGAGCCAGUGUCAAUCUGACCAGACUUGUUAUAAUGGAGUAUGUAUACUAGGAUGCCGUAGCAGCAAGAGCUGCCCGUUAGAUCAAUCAUGCAUAAAUAAUAGAUGUCAAAACCCAUGCAGGCUCAAAGAAAACGUCUGCGGCGCUAAUGCGAUAUGCAGUUGCAUCGAUCACGCGAUUUCUUGCUCUUGUCCCGCAGGUUUCUCGGGUAACCCAACGCCUCAGCAAGGCUGUGUACGUGUUCCCAAUGUUUGCCACUCGAACCAAGACUGUCCAGCUCAACACUACUGCGACAAAGGCUUCUGUCAGUGUUCUUGCGCUACGAAAAACGAUUGCGCUCACGGCGAAAGAUGUAAGAACGGCUACUGUGUUAAAGUUUGCUAUGGAAAUGGAAACUGCUUGCCUGGUGAGCUGUGUAUUGAUGGAAGCUGCGAAAUCGGCUGUACAUCAGACACUGGGUGUCGUAAAGAUGAAAUUUGUAUCAAUGGUAAAUGUAAGUGCAGUCAUGGUUUCAUCGCCGGUCCAGAUACUUGUCUAGAUAUAAAUGAGUGUGAAGAACAUCCUUGUCAUCCAAGUGCUGAGUGUAUUAAUCUCCAUGGUACAUAUAAAUGUCUGUGUCCUCAAGGAACAGCCGGUGAUCCAGUGGGCACCGGUUGCUUAACUCCUCAUCAGUGCGAAAGUCAUCAUGACUGUCCGGAUUCGCAGUCCUGCAUACACUACAGCUGUGCUGAUCCCUGUAGUCUUGUUGACUGCGGUCCCAACACAAUUUGUUCAGUGAUAGAUCACGUUGCUGGAUGCCAGUGCCAGUCUGGUUACAUCGGGGAUGCUUCUGGAUGCUUUAAAGUCGAGUGUCUAACUGACAACGAGUGUCCGAAAGACAAGUACUGUAAUUCAGAGAGCAACAAAUGCGCUAGUCCAUGCAAUCGAAUAAAUUGCGGUUACGGUAAUUGUAUUGCCGUCAAACAUAAUGCAGUUUGUCAAUGUCAUAUAGGGUACGGAUUAAUUGGAGACACUUGCGUGGACAUUGAUGAGUGUCUUGAUCAUCCUUGCCACUCGACUGCUGUUUGUCAGAACACUGACGGAUCUUUCUAUUGUUCAUGUCCACACGGAUUGGUUGGAGAUCCAAUUGGAUUGGGUUGCAAAUUACCUGGAGACUGUUUCGCAGACAAUGAUUGUCCUGUAUCAGCAUCUUGCAUUGACAAUACAUGCAGAAAUCCUUGCGAUAUUCCAAACACUUGUGGACACAAUGCUGAAUGUCUUGUACGGAAUCACGUUCCUGAAUGCCGCUGCCCGAGUCAAAGCUCAGGAAAUCCUAAAACAGAGUGCAUUAAGUUCGAGUGUAAUUACCACAGCGACUGUGGACAUUCUCUUGCUUGCUUUGACAACAAAUGUGUGGACCCAUGCUCGGUACCCAAUGUCUGCGGUCACGGUGCAGACUGUUCGUCGCUCAAUCACUCAGCAGUAUGUACAUGUCAACCUGGAGGCACUGGAGAUCCAAAUCUGGGAUGCACACCCGUUCAAUACUGUAAGACUGACAGUCAGUGUCCAACUGGAGCUUCUUGCAACGGAGGUAUCUGUACUGCUUUGUGUACUUCAAUAAGAGACUGCAUUGCCGACCAAUUGUGUAUCGAUGGACUCUGCCGUCCAACUUGUAAAUUAAAUACAACUUGUCCUGAGUAUCAAUACUGCCAAAAUAAUAUUUGUGUUCAAGAGUUACGCUGCACUACAGACAACGACUGUGGGUAUGAUGAAAAGUGCGUUAGAAAUAAUUUAGGCCAAGCGGAGUGUCGUCAAGCUUGCGAGUUAAUUCUCUGCGGCAGAAAUGCUGGAUGUAAGUCUGAUAAUCACAAGGCCACUUGUGCUUGUGAUCAAGGAUUCUUCGGCGACGCUUAUGAUGACAAGAUGGGCUGCCAACCGAUUGAGUGCGAGAGCCACGAUGACUGUUCGGAUGAGAAGAUCUGCGAUUUACAUAAAUGUAGGAUAGCUUGUCUUGCUCAUAAUCCAUGUGGGUCCAACGCCAUCUGCUCGACGAAUCAUCACGUCCAAGUCUGCACAUGUCAACCAGGUUACACUGGAGAGCCUACGCGUGGCUGUGAGCUGAUAGACUUUUGUCUCAAUUCGCCUUGCGCACCAGGAGCCGUCUGUACCAACUCACGAGGCUCUUAUCGCUGUCACUGCCAACCGGGAACAGUUGGAGACGCUUAUAACAGCGGUUGUCAGACACCAGUUGAGUGUCUCAAAGACGUAGACUGUCCCGUCACUGCCAAAUGUAUUGAAAUAAACGGCGUGCCCAAGUGCGCGGACGUGUGUUCAAGAAUACGCUGCGGUCCUAACGCUGAAUGUACUCCAGGUGAGCACGUAGCAUCCUGUAACUGCAGAGUUGGCUACGAUGGAGACGCUAAUGAUCUCAGAGUAGGCUGCCGUCCUUUGCCGACAGCCUGCGCAACUUCUUCCGAGUGUCCUGCCAAUACUUAUUGCUACGAGAAUAUUUGCAGACCUUCGUGUCAAUCCGACGAGGAGUGCAAUCUAUCAGACCGUUGUCUCAAUGGUCAGUGUCUUGAUCCUUGCGAAAUUCGUACGGCUUGCGGUAUAAAUGCCGAUUGUUUUGUCAACAAUCAUAUCAAACGUUGCAGCUGCCCUCCAGGAUUCACUGGAAACUCAGAGGUCGAGUGCGUAAGACUUCCGGUUUCUUGUAAUGGACAUGAAGAUUGCAGCCAUGGUAACACUUGUAGAGACAAUGUUUGUUUGCCAGUUUGUACUUCUGAUAAUCAGUGUGCGUACAAUGAGAAAUGUGUCCGCGGAAACUGUCUUCUGACUUGUAGACUAGACAAUGACUGCUUUUUGGGACACAUUUGUUUGAAUAAUAUGUGCUCGUACGGAUGCAGAGGCGAUGAAGACUGCAAUGCCAAUGAAGCCUGUGCUUCAAACAAGUGUGUCAAUCCCUGUGAUCUGACACCUUGUGGCCCCAAUGCUAAAUGCACUGUGACAAACCAGCGAGCUUCUUGCUCGUGUCCUGAUGGCUUUAUGGCGAAUCCUUCUGCAAGAAUAGCUUGUUUACGAGCACCAGGACCUCUGUGCCAAGCAAACAGAGACUGUUUGACAGGUAUGGCAUGUGUAGCUGGUACCUGCACCGCAGUUUGCUCCUCCAAUGCCAACUGUUUAAGUAAUGAACGUUGUGAUUCAUCAGGAAUCUGUCGAGCGCUUUGUCGCCAAGACGAAGAUUGUCGCAGUGGUGAAAUUUGCGAAGGUCUUGUCUGUCUUGCUGGCUGCCGAGCUGAUAUUGAGUGCGCGGAAAAUCUUUCUUGUAUCAACAAUCAGUGCAUAGAUCCAUGCAGUCUUCCAGAUUGCUGUGGAACAAAUGCGCAGUGCGCAAUGUUCAAUCAUCAGAAACAAUGCAGCUGUCCUGCUCCAUUGAUCGGCGAUCCUUUGACUGGAUGUCGCAGGAACUUCAUUCCUUGUACUGGUGACUCGUGUCCACCUGGUCACGUUUGUAAUGGAGGAUCUUGCUACGCGGCAUGCAGAAGUGACUCAAAUUGUUUGAAUGACGAGCGCUGCGAAGCGGGAAUCUGCAAAGCAAUUUGUAACACCGACGAUCACUGUUCUCCAGGACAAAUCUGCGAGAAUCGUAUCUGCGAAAUAGGAUGUCGUAGUGACCAUGCCUGUCCUAGUGAGGAGUCAUGUAUCAACAGCAGAUGCCGAAGUCCCUGCGAGGGUGGAAAAGCUUGCGGUGAGUGCGCCGGUUGUCGAGUAGUAAAUCACGCUGCUCAGUGCAGCUGUCCUCCAAACUACUACGGAAACGCCUUAAUAAGUUGUACCAAGUCUCCAGCUCCUUGUGAUGGAGUCUGUGAGUGCGAUGAGAUCGGGUACUGCGUCAGAAGCUGCUCAACUAAUGAAAAUUGCGCAUGUGGUGAAAUCUGUGAUCGUGGCAAGUGUCGCAUCAAGUGCGACGCCAACAAUUCCUGCAAGAAAGGGUACAUCUGCGAUUCUGGACUCUGUGUAACUGGAUGUCGUACUCAUGGAGACUGUCCUACGUCUUUGUCUUGCAACAAUGGACAAUGUGAAGACCCGUGUCUCUACAAUGGCUCUCCAUGUGGUAUCAACGCUCUUUGCAAGGUCUCAGGUCACCGCGCAGUUUGUCUCUGCCCAGAAGGUUAUCAAGGUGAGCCUAGUCAAGAAUGUUACCAACUGGAAUGUCUUCGGCACGAAGAUUGCGAGCCUACUAAAAGAUGCAGCGACGACGGAGUCUGUACCAAUCCUUGUCUGCAACACAGUGUCUGUGGCUUCAAUGCCCAGUGCCGCGUUGUUGAUCGCACGGCCCAGUGCUCAUGUCCACCAGGACACUACGGCAACCCGAAGAUAAAUUGCAAACCCGGAAGCGACGAAUGCCAGCGAAGACCUUGUGGUAUCAACGCUAAAUGCCGCGAAACAGAUGGCGGGUUCGAGUGUAGCUGCGCAGCAGGUUGCUACGGCGAUCCUCAUCAGGUCUGUAUCUGCGACGGUGGUGAUCUUUGCAGAGACACCAGCUGCGGAGUCAACGCUGCCUGUCGGGUUUAUAAAAAUCAGCCGCAGUGUUAUUGUCCUCCAGAGUAUCCCGCUGGUGAUCCCAUGCAUGCAUGCAGCGUCGAUCGUAGCUCCUUGGACUGCAGAACAAUCGGUUGUGGUAAGGGCGCUGAAUGUAUUCGCGACGGUACCAUUUUUGUCUGUAGAUGUCCUCCAGGUACCACUGGAUCUCCAGAUGUUGAAUGUAAAACAGAACGAGAGUGUACGAGUGACUCGGAGUGUCCAAACGAGAAGUCAUGUAUAAAUCUUCAAUGCCUGGAUCCAUGUGCACUACGCGGUGCUUGUGGGAAGAACGCGUUGUGCCGAGUGGUGUUGCACAAGCCGCGAUGUACAUGUCCGCAGUGUUAUGUUGGGAUGCCCCAGACGUCAUGUAAACCAGAUCCAAAAUGUACUUCACAAUAUCCGCGCCCAGAACCACCGCGUAUCGAGUGCACGACAGACCUGGAGUGCCCAGAAACUCUGGCAUGCAGCGGAACAACUGGAGAGUGUCGGGAUCCAUGUAUGGCAACCAUCACGUCAACGAGCAUCAGCAGCACGUCGUCGAUCCUCACCGGCAGCAGCCACGGCUGCGAACCAAACAAACGUUGCCAAGUGCGCGACCACCAGCCCAUGUGCGUUUGCAAGCACGGGUUCGUUGUCAAUGACAUCGGGGAGCUGACUUGUGCCCCAGACACAGCAUCUUGUGCGCGUGACGUCGACUGCCCAUCAAACGCCGCUUGCAUUCAUGGCAAAUGUCAGAACCCGUGUACCUCACGUGCGAAACCAAACGCACCUUGUCCAGCAGACAAACUCUGCGACGUACUAGACCAUCGUCCCAUAUGCAUUUGCACCCAGAACUGCAAUCCUUCCCUGUCCAUUUGCCUACGAGACAGUGGCUGCUCACCAGACCUCGCCUGCCGGAACUAUAGAUGUGUGGACCCAUGCAGCAACUCGACAUGCCCGGCAGAUGCCCCCUGUUACGUCGAGGAUCACAAGCCCGUCUGCAAGUUCUGUCCCCUUGGUUUUGUGCCUGAUACUAAAUACGGAUGCAUGAAAGAUGUCAAGUGUACGCAGCACGACGACUGUCCUUCGCAACUCGCCUGCAUAAAUAGUCAGUGUUUGAAUCCUUGUACUCUGGGAAAUCCCUGCGAUUACGUCGAGGAAUGUCAUGUCCAGGACCAUCGGCCAGUUUGCGUCAAAGUUGAUGAUAAAUCACCCGGAUGCCCGUACUGCCCACCAGGACAUCAAUGCGACCCGUCGACGAACUCUUGUAUAAAAGCUGGUUGCACUAGUGACAGAGAUUGCACGCUGACGGAAACCUGCGUCGGACACAUUUGCCAAGAGCCCUGUCUCAUCAGGAAUCCUUGUGCUGCUCAUGCUGUCUGCAUAAAUACCAACCAUGGCGCUGAUUGCAGCUGCGAGGAAGGAUAUCAUGGCAAUGGGUUCAGUCUUUGUAAGCCUGUAUCGAGCACUGGAGACGUGUGCCAGUACAAUGAAGACUGUCCACCGAAUAAAUUAUGCGACCGACUGAAUCGCAGAUGCAUAAAUCCGUGCUUUGAAGACAGUUGCGGUAGCAACGCGGAAUGUUAUGCUGAAGAUCAUACUGCAAGAUGCAGAUGCUUGCCAGGAUAUCAAGGAAACCCGCAGGUAGCAUGCGAAGAAUCCGGAUUCGGGACAUCGAAUCCUUGUGUUCCAAACCCAUGCGGCUUGGAAGCGAUGUGCGAAGUGGACAAUGGAGAUCCAAUUUGCUUCUGUCCUAAAGGAAUGACCGGAAAUCCAUUCGAGCACUGCGUGCCUGAAGGUGACAAGUGUCAAGGAAACCCAUGCGGUCCCAACUCAGGCUGUCGGGUCAUUCAAGGCCAGAUCACGUGCUUCUGCGUUCCAGGUUACGAAGGAAAUCCUCCAGCGAGUCCAUGCUUGCUGCCGGAUAAUUCUUGCGAGCCAUCACCAUGUGGUCCUAAUACUAGGUGCACUAUUUUGGAAAGCGGAAUUGCUAAAUGCACGUGUCUUCCAGGUUUUAUUGACAGUCCAAAUACUAUCAGAGGCUGCGUCGAGCAGACACAUCCCUGUGAACCUAAUCCUUGUGGCCACGGCGCUGUCUGCGAUACUAAUCGCUCGCCACCGUGCUACUGUCCAGAAAAUACUGUUGGUAAUCCAUACAAAGAGUGUGCUGUCAGUACUGUGGAGCCAUUGUGUCAACCUGGACCUUGUGGAGCCAAUUCAGACUGCUAUGUAUCAGAGAAUCGCGAGCAGUGUUACUGUAAGCAAGGAUUCACUGGUAAUCCUUAUGUAGGAUGCUAUGAGCCACCGAACAGUGUCUGCCAACCGAACCCAUGCGGUCGUAAUGCUAUUUGCCGGGUGACCAGUUCCAAUAAAGCAAUCUGCGAGUGUUCACCAGGUACUUCUGGAGAUCCAACGAGUCCAGCUGGCUGCGAUAGCUUCGAGUGUACUAAAGACGAUGACUGUUUGUUAACUCACGCUUGCAUCGGUCACAAGUGUCAGAACCCUUGCAAUGGAGCUUGCGGAGUCAAUGCUAAUUGUCGCGUGGACUUACAUCACCCAGUUUGUUACUGCAGAGAAGGACUCUACGGCAAUCCAAUACUCAGAUGCUCAGCUCCAAUGGUACCGGAGCCAGUGAAGAAUCCCUGCUAUCCAAAUCCAUGUGGUCAGAACACUUUGUGUCAAGUAUUACAGAACCGCGCAGUCUGUUCAUGUCUUCCUGACUUUUUGGGUGAUCCUCAGACCGGUUGUCAUCCAGAGUGUAUGACAAACUCUGAUUGUUCUAAUGACAAAGCUUGUCUGAACAUGAAGUGCGUGAACCCAUGCAGUCUUGGUAAUAUUUGUGGUAUCAAUGCCGAGUGCAGAGUUUCGUAUCAUACCGCGACUUGUCUCUGUCAACAAAAUUACUUUGGUAAUCCAUUUAUACGCUGCUCACCUAAGCCUAGUAUUGUUAUGGACAAAUAUCCCAAUAUUACGCACCCAUGCUCGCCGUCUCCGUGCGGACAAUUCGAUUACUGCGAGACUUACACUGACCAGGUUGCCAUGUGCGGAGGCUGCGAUGUCCAGGACAAUUCUUGGUGUCGCCCAGAGUGUCUUUGCAACAGCGACUGUCCAUUCGAUCACGCGUGUAUUGGUUGGAAGUGCGCGGAUCCUUGUCUGGGAACGUGUGGAGUCAAUGCCAACUGUGAAGUCAUCUGGCAUCAGCCAGUCUGUAGUUGCCCUAUCGGACUCUUCGGCAAUCCUUAUCAAGGAUGUAUUCCUGAAGACGUCGAACACCGAGACCCCUGCAGCACUACUCAGUGCGGAGCUAAUGCAAUUUGCCGCGAAAAUCACGGAGCCACGACUUGCGAGUGUAUGGAAGGCUACUCAGGCAACCCAUUCUUUGCUUGUCAUGUCGAGUGUGUACAAAAUUCCGACUGUUCGUUGAUAAAAGCUUGCUCUAAUCACAAGUGCGUUGACCCAUGUCACAGCGCAUGUGGAACUGGAGCUUCCUGCGAUGUAAUAAAUCAUUACCCAGUUUGUUACUGUGACGCUCACUUGUCUGGAGACCCAUUCGUCCAUUGCUACCCACACAAAGAAACAGGAAUCGUAUCGAUACCUCAGUCAAAUCCAUGCGACCCAUCACCUUGCGGACCAAACAGCAGAUGUCUUAUAUCACCACUAGGUUACGCGAUUUGCUCAUGUCUACCAGACUUCCGCGGAAGUCCACCUCUCUGUAACCCAGAAUGUAUCGUCAGCUCAGACUGUCUGCAAAUCCAAGCUUGCAUAAACAACAAAUGUGUGAAUCCUUGUCACGGAAUUUGCGGCCACGGCGCUUUGUGUUCAGUCAUAAAUCACAACCCAGUCUGCAGCUGUCCAGCAACUUAUCAAGGAGAUCCAUUCGUUGCUUGUCUUCCAAUAGAAGAAAAAGACCUGGAGCCAAUAUCCUCAUGUCAUCCAUCUCCAUGCGGACCUAACUCAGUCUGCCAAGUGAAGAUGGGUCGCCCAGUGUGCUCAUGUCAGAGUACUUUCAUCGGUAGCCCACCAAACUGUAGACCAGAGUGUCUUAUCAGCCAGGAAUGUCCAAUCGACCAGGCCUGCGUUGCCAACAAGUGCAUUCAUCCUUGUCCUCACAGCUGCGGACCCAAUUCCGAGUGCGCUAUCAUUAAUCACACGCCUUACUGCUCAUGUAAACCCGGCUACGAAGGUGAUGCUUUCGUUGGUUGUACUCCAGUUCCUGUUCAACCUGCAGUGCCUGAAGAUCCAUGCAAUCCAUCACCUUGCGGCAACAAUGCGAUCUGCAACGUAGUCAAUGGAAUCUCAAGAUGCACUUGCAUACCACCGUACGUUGGUAAUCCUUAUGUCGGUGGUUGUAAACCAGAGUGUAUGAUAAACUCGGACUGUGCUAAUCAUCUAGCUUGUUUGAACCAACACUGCAGAGACCCGUGUCCAGGAAUCUGUGGCUUCAAUGCUCAAUGCGAAGUAUCCAAUCAUAUCCCCACAUGUUCAUGUCUUCCAGGAUACUCGGGAGAUCCAUUCCAGACCUGUAAAAUUGAAAAAGUAAACGUUCCACCACAGAAUCCAUGCACACCAUCACCGUGCGGCCCGUACAGUAUCUGCAGAGUGGCCAACGAUCGUGCGGUCUGCUCCUGUAGUCCAGGAUACAGAGGAACUCCACCAUCAUGUAGACCAGAGUGUCUCGUGAGCUCAGAAUGUGCACCACAUCUUGCUUGCAUUGAUCAAAAAUGCAGCGAUCCUUGUCAAGGAGUUUGUGGGUACAAUGCGCUCUGUCAAGUCAGUAACCACAAUCCAAUAUGCAGUUGUCCAGAAAGACAUACAGGAGAUCCAUUUGUACAGUGCACUGAAAUUCCUAAACAAGUUGAGCCGACCAAUCCAUGCGUGCCUUCACCAUGUGGACCAAAUGCCCAGUGCCGGGUCCAGAAUAAUCGUCCAGUUUGUUCGUGUCUCACAGGAAUGUUUGGUGCUCCACCAAACUGCAGACCCGAGUGUCUGAUUAAUCAAGACUGUCCUAACUACCUCGCGUGUCUGCAAAACAGCUGCGUGAACCCAUGUGUCGGUUCAUGCGGCAUCAAUGCCAACUGUAUUGUCAGAAACCAUCGGCCAAUUUGUCAGUGUCAAGAAGGAUUUGAAGGCGACCCGUUCUCGGCAUGUAAUCCACGAGAAAUGACACCAGUAGCGCCUCCAAGUGAACCUUGCAAUCCAUCUCCCUGCGGUUCUAAUGCAAUUUGCAAUGAAAGAAACGGCGCUGGCUCAUGCACAUGCUUGCCAGAUUACACUGGAGAUCCGUAUGAAGGCUGCAGACCUGAGUGUGUUCAAAAUUCAGACUGUCCUCACUCGAAGGCCUGCAUGAACAAUAAAUGCAAAGACCCGUGUGUCGGUGCAUGUGGACUUAACGCUCAGUGUCAAGUAUUUAAUCAUCAACCUUCAUGUAGCUGCCUGUCAGGUUACACUGGCAAUGCAUUGACAUCUUGCUACGUACCACAACCAGUACCACCAAGUCCUGAAGACGCUUGCGAACCAUCACCUUGCGGACCUUACAGCAACUGCCGGGUGAUCGACUUCCAUGCAGUCUGCUCAUGUCAACCAGGAACCAUCGGAAGUCCACCGACUUGCAGACCUGAGUGUGUGAUCAGCACUGACUGCGCUCAGAAUAAGGCUUGCAUCAAUCAACGCUGCGAAGAUCCGUGCGUUGGAACUUGUGGAGUAAAUGCUCGCUGCCAGGUCAUCAAUCACAAUCCAGUUUGCAUUUGUAUGAACGGCUACACUGGUGAUCCAUUCUCGGGAUGUCUUCAAGAAGAACCAAAGACACCUAGACCAGAACCGGGUGGUAAUCCAUGUGUACCUUCACCUUGUGGACCAAACUCACAGUGUCGGGUGAUAGAUGGAUUCCCAGCUUGCUCUUGUCUUCCUAACUACGUUGGCAGAGCUCCCAACUGUAGACCCGAGUGUGUUAUCAAUGAAGAGUGUCCUGGUAAUUUGGCUUGUCAGAGAGAACGAUGCGCUGAUCCUUGUCCUGGGUCUUGUGGAGUCAACACAUUCUGUAAUGUGGUCAAACAUAAUCCAGUAUGUAAUUGUAAUCCAGGAUUCACUGGUAAUCCAUUUGUUGAAUGUUCGCCUCAACUGCAGGAGCCUUAUACUACAGAGAAGCCAAGGACACCUUGUGAUCCUUCUCCAUGUGGCGCUAAUGCUGUUUGCAAUGAAAGGAAUGGAGCUGGAUCUUGCACUUGCAUGCCUGAGUACUUUGGAGAUCCAUAUACUGGUUGCAGACCUGAGUGUGUGACAAAUAACGACUGCGGAAGAACGAAGGCUUGCUUGAGAAACAAAUGUAUCAAUCCUUGUGCUGGAACUUGUGGUCCCAAUGCCUCCUGUCGAGUAGUCAAUCACGCGCCGUCAUGUACUUGCGUGGCUGGAUACUCUGGAGAUCCUACGACAGGUUGCUCAGUGCUGGAAAUUGUUACAAAGUCUCCAGUUACUGAUCCAUGUGAGGCUUCACCUUGUGGACCCAACAGCAACUGCAGGACAUUGAAUGGCCAUGCAGUUUGUUCAUGUAAGAGCGGAUUCAUUGGAACUCCUCCGACAUGCAGACCAGAGUGCACAAUCAGCACAGAAUGUCCAAGAAGCAAAGCUUGCGUGAAUAAUAAAUGUAUAAAUCCUUGUCAGUCAGCUUGUGGAGAGAACACCAAGUGCCUUGUUGUUAAUCAUAGUCCAAUAUGUACGUGUGCUAAUGGGUAUACUGGAGAUCCAUUUGUUGCUUGCAGUAAAGCUGAGAUAAUAACAUCUGGACCUUCGAAAGAAGAAACUGAUCCUUGCUCACCUAAUCCCUGUGGUCUUAAUUCACAGUGCAAAGUUGUUGGUUCACAGCCAGCUUGCUCUUGCUCACCAAACUUUUUGGGCAGACCACCAAACUGUCGACCUGAAUGUAGAGACAACUCGGAAUGUCCAUCAACAAUGGGAUGUAUUAAUCAACGAUGUAAAAAUCCUUGUCCAGGUGCUUGUGGAGACAUGGCAAGAUGUUCAGUCUUGAAUCAUUCUCCAGUUUGUUCAUGCUCUGAAGGGUACACUGGAGAUCCAAGUACUCAGUGCACACCGAUACUGCCAUCAAUACCCGAACCUGGACCAUCAAAUCCCUGCUUACCAAAUCCUUGUGGACCAAACGCCCAGUGCAGAGAACGUAACGGCGCGGGAGCUUGUGCCUGUCCAGCAGAUUUUAUCGGUGAUCCUUAUGACAGUCGCCGAGGAUGUCAUCGCGAAUGUGAAGUAAAUGAUGACUGUGUUCCACACCUCGCGUGCGUUGGGUUCAAGUGUACUAACCCAUGCCAAGGAACAUGUGGAGCUUUCUCUAUUUGCCAAGUAGAAAAUCACGUGCCUAAAUGUCAAUGUCCACCUGGAUACACUGGAGAUCCAUUCUACGCUUGCAGUGAAGAGCCUAAAGAACUUCCAAUACCUCAAGAUCCUUGUUCUCCAUCACCGUGUGGCCCCAAUAGCAAAUGCCGGACUGUAAAUGGUCAAGCAGUUUGCACAUGUCUACCAGACUACGUUGGAACACCUCCAUCUUGCCGGCCCGAGUGUGUUGUCAAUGCAGAGUGUCCAGUUCAUCUUGCCUGCAUCAACAAAAAGUGCGCAGACCCCUGUCCAAAUACCUGCGGCGUUCGCGCGCAGUGUACGACUAAAAAUCACAAUCCAAUAUGUACAUGUCCUGUUGGAUUGACUGGAGAUCCAUUUAUACUUUGCACCCAGCAGACUGCAGUAGAAGUAACGUCGACAGCAAGGCCGCCUUCUUGUACACCAUCUCCAUGUGGUCCUAACUCACAGUGUCAAAUAGUUUUUGGUAAUCCAGCUUGCUCAUGUCUUCCUAACUAUGUUGGAGUGCCACCUGAAUGUCGACCUGAGUGCAUCAUCAGUUCAGAGUGCAAGAGUCAUCUAGCUUGUGUUAAUCAACGGUGCCAAGAUCCCUGUGCUGGUUCUUGCGGUUUCAAUGCGCAAUGUCAUGUCUUGAAUCACAUACCAGUUUGCACAUGCAUGCAAGGAUUCACUGGUGAUCCUUUCACUGAAUGUUCACUCGUGCCACCGAGUACGCAAGCGCCAUUGCAAUCAGAUCCUUGCAGUCCUUCACCGUGUGGACCUAAUGCCAUCUGCAAAGCUGGUGACUGUGAGUGCUUGCCAGAGUACUUUGGAAAUCCUUAUGAAGAGUGUCGACCUGAGUGUGUACUGAACUCUGAAUGUCCUAGAGAUAAAUCGUGUCUUCGUAACAAGUGUGUUGAUCCUUGUCCAGGAAGAUGUGGCCAGAAUGCUGAGUGUGAUGUUGUAAAUCACAUACCAGUUUGCUCUUGUCGUCAAGGACUCAUUGGAGAUCCAUUUGUCAAUUGCAGAGUACAGCCACAGAAACCCGAAGACAGACCAGAUCCUUGUUCACCGUCACCUUGUGGACCUAAUAGCCAGUGUCGCAAUAUUGAUAAUCAUCCAGUCUGUUCCUGUCUCACAGGAUACUUAGGGACACCGCCAUUAUGUCGACUCGAGUGUCUGAUGAGCUCUGAAUGCCCACCAACACGCGCGUGCAUCAGUAAUAAAUGUACCGAUCCAUGUCUUGGUUCCUGCGGUCUCAGUGCGCGAUGUGAAGUCAUAAAUCACUCGCCAAUCUGCAGUUGUCCACCUGGACAAACUGGGGAUCCAUUUAGAAGCUGCUACGAAAUUCCUGUACAACCUAAAGUGCCAGAAGAUCCUUGCUCACCAUCACCAUGUGGCCCGAAUGCUCAAUGUCAAAACAUCAAUGGAAUUCCUUCAUGCUCAUGCUUACCAAAUUACAUCGGAUCUCCGCCUUCAUGCCGACCAGAGUGUCUGAUCAACCCAGACUGUCCUUCAAAUCAAGCUUGCAUCAACUCUCGCUGCGUGGAUCCAUGUCCAGGAUCCUGCGGAGACUUCGCUGAGUGUCGAGUCAUAAAUCACGCAGUCACCUGCAGCUGCACAAGCGGUUACACAGGCAAUCCAUUUGUCCAAUGUAUGAUUGAACAAGAAGAAACGAUCAACCCAUGCGAGCCAUCACCUUGUGGACCCAAUGCGAUCUGCCAGCAACGAGACAACGCAGGCGCUUGUGUUUGUAUUGAUGAUUAUCGUGGCAAUCCUUACGAAGGCUGUCAACCAGAAUGUAUUCUCAGCUCCGAUUGUCCAACGAACAAAGCUUGCGAGAGAAAUAAAUGCCAAGAUCCAUGUCCUGGAGUCUGUGGUACUCAAGCUCAGUGCUCAGUUAUUAACCACAUACCAACUUGCACAUGCUUGCCAGGAUUUAUUGGUGAUCCUUUCACUUCCUGUACACUUCAGCAAGAAUCAACUACUCCAGGAGUGAGUCUAGAUCCAUGCAAUCCAUCUCCAUGUGGUCCCAACAGCCUCUGUCGCACGGUAAACAGUCAAGCUGUGUGUACAUGUCAAGCUAAUUACGUCGGAGCGCCACCAAACUGUCGACCAGAGUGUGUAGUAAACACAGAAUGCCCUCAGAAUCGCGCGUGUUAUAAAUACAAAUGCAAUGACCCGUGUCCAGGAACCUGUGGACUUGGAGCAGACUGCCGUGUCAUCAAUCACAAUCCUCUGUGCAGUUGUCCAGCUGGUACUACUGGUGAUCCAUUCUCUCGAUGCUACCAAGCUGUCGAAGUUCCACCAACAAGACCCAGUGAUCCGUGUGUUCCAAAUCCAUGCGGACUUAAUGCCGAGUGCCGAAGAGUUGGUGACCAAGCUGCUUGUUCCUGUCUGAAUAAUUACAUCGGGUCGCCUCCAAACUGUCGACCCGAGUGCGUUGUCAACACAGAUUGUCCUUCAACUCAAGCCUGUAUUUCUGAAAAGUGUCGCGAUCCUUGUAUCGGAUCUUGUGGACAAGAUGCUGAAUGCCGAGUACAAAAUCACAUCCCCACGUGUCUCUGUCGCGAAGGUUUUACUGGAGAUGCAUUCACACUUUGCUCCCAGAUCAUCGAACAACCGAAGCAGCCAGAAGAUCCUUGCAACCCGUCACCAUGUGGAGCGAACGCUCUCUGCAAUGCAGGAGUCUGCACAUGUUUGCCUGACUACCAAGGCGAUCCUUACAGUUUCUGUCGUCCAGAGUGCACGAUGAACUCCGAUUGUCAACGAGUUAACUCCUGUAUUAACCAACGCUGUGUUGACCCAUGUCCCGGAACCUGUGGCACUGACGCACGCUGUGAUGUAGUAAAUCAUAUUCCAAUGUGCAGUUGUCCACCAGGUAGCACAGGAAAUCCAUUCUCAGCAUGCAGACCCUUCAAGCAAGAAGACACACCAAAGCAACCGUGCUCUCCAUCACCUUGUGGAUCCAACAGCAUUUGUCGAGUAGUUGAAGAUCAUGCCGUCUGUUCAUGCUCACCAGGAUUCUUCGGAAGUCCACCAGCUUGUAGACCCGAGUGUGUCACCAGUGCUGAGUGUCCUUUAACCCGUGCUUGUUUGAACAACAAGUGUCAAGAUCCUUGUCCUGGUACUUGUGGACAAAACGCUAAAUGCCAAGUCGUCAAUCACAAUCCGAUUUGCAGCUGCUUGGAAGGCAAUACUGGUGAUCCUUUCACUAGAUGUUACUUAUUAUCAGUGGAGAUACCUACGGAACCAGUUGAUCCUUGCCAGCCAUCACCUUGCGGUCCUAAUUCCGAGUGCAAUGUCCGUGGUGAGAGUCCAGCAUGUUCUUGUGCUCAAAACUACAUCGGUGUGCCACCAAACUGUCGACCUGAGUGCACAAUAAAUCCAGAAUGUGCUUCACACCUCGCUUGUAUCCAACAGAAAUGCCGUGACCCGUGCGCGGGUCUCUGCGGUAUCGGUGCAAGUUGUUCAGUUGUUAAUCAUCACGCAGUCUGCGCAUGUCCUGAAGGAUUCACUGGCGAUCCAUUCAGCAACUGUAUUCCUGCUCCUAAGGAGCCCCCGAUGGAGAUGAGAAGACCCUGCUCACCGUCACCCUGCGGCGCCAAUGCAGUGUGUCGUGAACAAAACGGCAUUGGAUCCUGCUCAUGUCUGCCUGAUUACUUCGGUGACCCUUACGAAGGCUGCAGACCUGAAUGUGUUAUCAACUCUGACUGUCCCACGAACCGCGCGUGCAUCCGGACUAAAUGUCAAGACCCGUGUCCUGGUACCUGUGGUCCCAAUGCCCAGUGCCAGACAAUAAACCAUCUAGCUUCCUGUACCUGUGCGAUAGGUUUCUCUGGUGAUCCGUUCCGGUACUGCAGCCCUGCGCCUUUGAUAACUCAGCCAUCGAUUACCGAACUUUGCUCACCCAGUCCCUGUGGACCUAACAGCCAGUGUCGGGUUAUCAAUAACCAGGCCGUCUGUUCCUGUCUCUCUGAAUACAUCGGUACUCCACCUGGUUGCCGACCCGAGUGCACUAUCAGCACAGAGUGUCCUCGCAACCGCGCCUGUGUUAACAGAAAAUGCGUUAAUCCAUGCCCAAAACCAUGUGGAAGAAAUACUGAUUGCAUUGUUCUGAACCACAGUCCCAUUUGUUCCUGCAGAAAUGGAUUUACUGGUGACCCAUUCACUUCAUGUUUUACUGCUCCACCCCCAAGCCCAGUUGAACCCCAGAACCCGUGUGUGCCAUCACCAUGUGGACCCAACUCCGUCUGCCGUGACUCUAAUGGACCCUCUUGCUCAUGCUUGCCUUCUUACGUCGGUUCUCCACCCAACUGCAGACCUGAAUGUACAAUAAGCGCCGAUUGUCCUACCAAUCAAGCUUGCAUGCGUUCAAAGUGCCGCGAUCCUUGUCCUGGAUCCUGCGGCAUUCAAGCGCGUUGUGAGGUCGUUAACCACACGCCCGUCUGUACUUGUCCCGAAGGAUUUACUGGUGACCCAUUCAGCAGUUGUGUUAUUCAACCACAAAUGGAUCCAAUACCUACAGACCCAUGUAAUCCCUCACCCUGUGGAUCAAACGCUCAGUGCCAGCGAGGAAUCUGCACCUGUUUACCUGAAUACCAAGGAGACCCGUACUUUGGAUGUAGACCCGAGUGUGUUCUCAACACAGAUUGUCCUCAAGACCGUGCUUGCAUUCGCAACAAAUGCAAAGAUCCCUGUCCAGGAACUUGUGGGCAAAAUGCUGCCUGUAAUGUUUAUAAUCACAUUCCUAUGUGCACUUGUCCUUCAGGAAUGUCAGGAAAUGCUUUCUUUAAUUGCAAACCUAUAAGAGCAUCUGAACCAGUUGCUCCUUGUACGCCAACACCUUGCGGCGCUAAUGCAGUUUGUAAAGCAUCUGGUUCUGCUGGUUCCUGUUCAUGUUUACCAGACUAUCUUGGCAAUCCUUACGAAGGCUGUAGACCUGAGUGCAUCGUCAACUCAGACUGUGCUCCCAGCAUGGCUUGUACGCGGUCGAAGUGUGUGGAUCCAUGUCCUGGCGCCUGUGGACAAAAUUCCAUGUGUCAAGUUAUCAAUCAUUCGCCAACUUGCACCUGUUUAUCUGGAUUUACUGGCGAUCCUUCGCGAUACUGCUCACCUGUACCUUUAAUCACAGCAGAAACAGCAAGAGAACCUUGUAGUCCAUCACCAUGUGGUCCUAAUAGUCAAUGUAGAAAUGUCAACAACCAAGCUGUCUGUUCAUGUCUUCCUACCUACCUCGGUGCACCUCCAAACUGUCGUCCCGAAUGUCUAGUGUCCUCAGAAUGUCCUUCUAACCGCGCGUGCAUUAAUCAGAAGUGCGUGGACCCUUGUCCUAAUUCCUGUGGCCAAAAUGCACUCUGUCGGGUUAUUAAUCACAGUCCUAUUUGUAAUUGUCGACCUGGAUAUACUGGAGAUCCAUUCACACGUUGUUUCUUCAUUGAAGCUACCGUGACCUCAGUACCUGAAAAUCGUGAUCCCUGUGUACCUUCACCCUGCGGAGCCAACUCUAUAUGCCGAGCUAUUGGCACCACUCCCUCGUGUUCUUGCCAACCUAAUUACAUGGGAUCACCGCCCAAUUGUCGACCCGAGUGUACUAUAAAUCAAGAGUGUACCAGCAUUAAAGCCUGCAUGCGUGAACGCUGUAUGGAUCCUUGUCCUGGAUCCUGCGGUUUUAACGCAGAGUGUGUUGUUAUCAAUCAUACUCCGGUCUGUACAUGUCGGGAAGGAUUCACCGGUGAUCCUUUCUCUGAAUGUCGACCUAAGCCAGUUGAAAUUGCUCCUGUUAAUACUGACCCAUGUAACCCGUCACCUUGCGGGCCGAAUACUAGAUGUGACAAUGCUCAGUGUUCUUGUCUUCCCGAGUACUUCGGAGACCCAACAAUCGGCUGUAGACCCGAGUGUGUUCUAAAUGACGACUGUUCAAGAAAUUUAGCUUGCGUUAAAAACAAAUGCCGAGAUCCUUGUCUAGGAACUUGUGGGCAAAGUGCUGUCUGUAACGUUUUCAAUCACAUCCCGAUGUGUAGCUGUCCUGCAGGAAUGUCAGGAAAUGCUUUCGUUGUUUGUUCUCCUGCUCUUGCGCCUCAAGUAACUGAUCCAUGUAACCCGUCUCCUUGUGGCCCGAACAGCAGAUGCCGUCAAAGUAACGGUCAUGCUACCUGUUCAUGUAUCACUGGCUACAUUGGAAGUCCGCCUAGUUGUAGACCAGAGUGUGCUGUUUCCUCAGAUUGUCCUUUGAAUGAAGCUUGUAGUAAUCAAAAAUGUAGAGAUCCAUGUCUAGGUACUUGUGGGCUCCAAGCAACUUGUAAUGUUAUAAAUCAUAAUCCCAUAUGCAGUUGCGCUUCAACGAUGACCGGAGAUCCGUUUAUUCAAUGCCAGAUUAUUCCUGAAAGACCACCAGUGCCAGUUAAUCCAUGCCAACCAUCACCUUGUGGUCCAAAUGCCGAGUGCCGGGUAGUUAAUGACUCGCCUUCUUGUUCCUGUCUGCCUCAAUUUACUGGUACUCCGCCAAAUUGUCGACCUGAGUGUAUUAGCAACAGUGAAUGUUCUAAUCAUCUCGCGUGUAUUAAUCAGAAAUGUCGGGAUCCAUGUCCUGGUUCUUGUGGAACCAGUGCCGAAUGCCGAGUUGUCAGUCAUACGCCGAUGUGUGUCUGUACGACCGGAUUUACUGGUGAUCCUUUCACUCAAUGCACUCCAGCACAAUUUGAUGAGCCAGUUGUAACGAACCCUUGCUCUCCAUCUCCUUGCGGUUCUAAUGCCGAGUGUCGAGUCCAACAGAAUGCUGGAGCAUGUUCAUGCUUCCCUGGAUACAUUGGUAACCCCUACGAAGGAUGUAGGCCUGAGUGUGUAUUAAAUUCAGACUGCGCAGCAAAUCUCGCGUGCAUUAAUUCGAAAUGUAGAGACCCCUGUCCUGGUACUUGUGGGCAGAACGCUCUUUGCCAAGUUAUUAAUCACUUGCCUACAUGCUCGUGCAUUGAAAGAUAUACUGGAGAUCCUUUCAGAUACUGUAAUAUAAUUUUACAAACAGAAUCAACAAUGAGUGAUGUACCAAGAGAUCCAUGUUUCCCAUCACCAUGUGGACCGAACUCCCAGUGCAGAAAUGCUAACGGCAGUCCAGCUUGCUCGUGUUCAACAGGUUACAGUGGAAGUCCACCAAACUGUCGUCCCGAGUGUGUCAUAAAUUCAGAAUGUCCAAGCGAUCGCGCUUGCAUGAAUGAAAAAUGUCGGGAUCCCUGUCCCGGUUCUUGUGGACAGAACGCCAUGUGCACAGUUUACAAUCACGUUCCAGUUUGCUCAUGUAUAGAAAGCUACACCGGUGAUCCCUUUACCGGGUGCUUUUACCAACAAGCGACCGAAACCGUUGUCACUGAUCCUUGCAAUCCAUCACCGUGUGGUCCCAAUGCUCAGUGUAGCAACGGCGCCUGCUCAUGUCUGCCCAAUUACUUCGGUGACGCCAAUUACGGCUGUAGACCCGAGUGCGUUUUGAAUAAUGAUUGUUCCCCGGAUAGAGCUUGCGUGCGAAACAAGUGCGUGGACCCGUGUCCUGGCACUUGUGGGCAAAACGCACAGUGUAAUGUUUUUAAUCACAUUCCCAUGUGUACUUGUCUUGCCGGAAUGGCUGGCAAUGCUCUAGUAUCCUGUCAACCAGUCCAAGCUCCAUCACAAACAAGACCAUGUAGUCCCUCACCCUGUGGUCCCAACAGCAUUUGCCGUCCAGUAAACGGUCAGUCCGUGUGUACCUGUGCACCAGAAUACUUAGGAAGUCCACCCACAUGUCGCCCUCAGUGUCUAGUCAGUUCUGAUUGUCCUCGAAACGAGGCGUGUACUAAUCAACGGUGUCGUGACCCUUGUCCUGGCACCUGCGGCUUGGAAGCGCAGUGCCAGGUCAUAAACCACAACCCCAUUUGCUCUUGCCGUGAUGGUUUUACUGGAGAUCCAUUCACUCGUUGCAUGUUAAUCCAAAAUAUCCCAGCUUCGCCACCAGAAAAUCCCUGCCAACCAUCACCUUGCGGCAUGAAUGCCGAGUGUCGUGUAAUAAACGAUUCCCCGUCUUGUUCCUGCCUAUCUGAAUUCAUAGGCUCGCCACCCAACUGCCGUCCCGAGUGCAUAAGCAACUCAGAGUGUCCCAGCAAUGAGGCGUGUGUCAAUCGAAGGUGUCGAGACCCUUGUCCAGGUUCUUGUGGCAUCAAUACUCAAUGCCGAGUAGUUAGUCACACUCCGAUGUGUGUUUGUCUAGCGGGACAAACUGGUGACCCUUUUACCGGUUGUCAGCCAGUCUCAUCAACACAAACGCCCGAAAAUUCACAAUCGCCCUGUGUACCCUCACCCUGCGGUGCCAACGCCGUCUGCAAAGAGUCCAAUGGCGCGGGUUCAUGUUCCUGUCUGGCUGACUACAUCGGGAAUCCAUACGAAGGCUGUAGACCCGAGUGUGUUAUUGACUCCGACUGCCCGUCCUACCAGAGUUGCUCUAGAUCCAAGUGCCGAGACCCUUGUCCUGGUGCUUGUGGCCAGAAUGCCGAGUGCAUUGCUAUCAAUCACUCACCCUCUUGUACCUGUCGUCCAGCGUUCACUGGUGACCCGUUUACUUACUGCACCCUGUUACAGACCAAUCCCAUAGACGUCGAUAGACCAAGAGAACCUUGUAACCCAUCACCCUGUGGACCCAAUAGCCAAUGCCGGGUGAAUAAUGGACAAGCAGUAUGUACUUGUUUGCCAAACUACAUUGGUAGCCCACCAGGAUGCCGUCCCGAGUGUGUCGCCUCCUCCGAAUGUCCCUCCCAGCUGGCUUGCAUCAACCAAAAAUGCGAGAACCCAUGUCCCGCACCCUGUGGACUUAAUACCAAGUGUGUCGUCGUUAACCACAGUCCAAUUUGCAGUUGUAUGUCGGGAUACAGCGGCGACCCAUUCACCCGAUGUACUCUCAUACCACCACCAACUGAGUCAGUUAAUGAUGUACCCAGAGACCCAUGUGCCCCCUCACCUUGUGGAAGUUUCUCGUACUGUCGUAAUAUCGGUGGAUCACCAGCUUGCACAUGUCAGGAAGGCUACAUAGGCCAACCUCCUAAUUGUAGGCCUGAAUGUUCUAUCAAUUCGGAGUGUCCAAGUAACGAAGCUUGCAUCAACGAAAAAUGUCGGGACCCUUGUCCAGGAUCGUGUGGGUUCAGUGCGAUGUGCGCUGUUUCGAAUCAUAUACCAAUUUGUACAUGUCCUGAAGGAUUUACUGGAGAUCCGUUUACUAGUUGCAAUGUCCAGCCAGUUAAACAACCCGACGAGCCGCUAGACAAAUGUAAUCCGUCGCCAUGUGGAACCAACGCUCAGUGCAAUGAUGGCCAGUGCACGUGUCUGCCUGAAUUCCAAGGAAAUCCUUACACUGGAUGUCGACCUGAGUGCGUACUCAAUUCAGACUGUCCGCGAGACCGCGCGUGCUGGAGAAAUAAAUGCAGAGACCCUUGUCCGGGAGCUUGUGCUACAAAUGCUAACUGCGCCGUCAUAAAUCACGUGCCGAUGUGCAGCUGCCCUCAGGGAAUGACUGGUAAUGCAUUUAGUCAGUGUCUGCCAAUCCAGGCUUCAGUGCCAACUAAUCCUUGUAGUCCUUCGCCUUGUGGAGCCAACAGUGAGUGUAGAGUCAUCAAUGGCCAGGCAGUUUGCUCAUGUAUACGUGGAUACUUAGGAAGUCCGCCGACAUGCAGGCCUGAGUGUAUCGUCAGUACGGAUUGUCCACCUAAUGAAGCCUGCUUCAACCAAAAGUGUCGCGAUCCUUGUCAAGGUACUUGUGGAGUCGGAGCAACGUGUCAAGUUAUCAAUCACAAUCCCAUAUGUAGCUGUCUGCCAAGAUUUUCUGGAGAUCCGUUCAUCAGAUGUACUCCAGUCCAAGAAGACACUCCGGUGACUCAGAGUCCAUGUCAACCAUCUCCAUGUGGACCUAAUGCUCAGUGCCAAGUGGUUAACAAUUCUCCAUCGUGUUCAUGUCUCGCAGAAUUCACUGGCUCGCCACCAAACUGUCGACCUGAGUGCGUAAGCAACAGUGAGUGUCCAUCAAACUUGGCUUGUAUCAAUCAAAAAUGUAAAGACCCUUGCGUUGGAUCUUGUGGAGCUAGCGCGGACUGUCAUGUCGUUAGUCAUACACCGAUGUGUGUUUGCAUGACAGGAUUUACCGGUGAUCCAUUCACUCAGUGUCUUUUACAACAAACUCCACCAUCAGCAGUACCAGAAAGUCCUUGUACUCCGUCACCAUGUGGACCUAACGCAGUUUGCAAAGAGCAGAAUGGCGCUGGAUCUUGUUCAUGUUUGCCAGAGUACACAGGAAAUCCUUACGAAGGCUGCAGACCUGAGUGUCUCGUUAAUUCAGACUGCGCAUCGAACAUGGCUUGCAUAAGAUCCAAGUGUCGGGAUCCUUGUCCAGGUACUUGUGGUAUGAAUGCCGAGUGCCGAGUGAUGUAUCAUCUUCCACAGUGUUCCUGCUUCCAAGGAUACACUGGCGAUCCAUUUAGCUACUGCAAUGUCAUCCAGGAUGAGCAGCCAAGUACCAAAGAUCCUUGCAGUCCAUCUCCUUGUGGACCUAACAGUCAAUGCCGAGUAAUUAAUAGUCAGCCAGUGUGCACUUGCUUGCCUGAAUACAUCGGCAGUCCACCAGGAUGUCGACCUGAGUGUACAGGAAGUUCAGAGUGUCCAACAAAUCGAGCUUGCGUCAAUAGAAAGUGCGCAGAUCCUUGUCCAGGUACUUGUGGAUUUAACACAAGAUGUGAAACAAUCAAUCAUAGUCCGAUUUGCUCAUGCCAAGCUGGAUAUACCGGAGAUCCUUUCGUAAAUUGUUUCGAAAUGAUGACACCUAUUCCUAUGCCAAACCAGCCGUCGUACGUCAAUCCUUGUGUGCCUUCACCAUGUGGACCCAAUUCAGAGUGCCGUGACAUCAAUGGCCAGGCCUCGUGCGCUUGUCUCUCCGGAUUCAAUGGAUCUCCACCAAACUGCCGACCCGAGUGUGUAAUAAAUCCAGACUGCGCAAGUAAUCAAGCUUGUCUGCAAUCUAAAUGCCGUGACCCAUGUCCAGGAUCUUGUGGAGUCGGCGCCACAUGUUCGGUAGUUAAUCACACGCCAAUUUGUACUUGUCCUGAAGGAUUCACUGGUGAUCCGUUUACUCGUUGCUCUCCAAGACUUCAGACACCACCAGAACAAACGCCGUCGCCUUGCAGUCGAUGUGGAUCCAACACUCAGUGCAUCAAUGAUCAGUGCGUGUGCUUACCUGAAUUCCGCGGCGAUCCUUACACAGGUUGUAGACCAGAAUGCGUUUUGAACCCAGACUGUCCUAGAGACAGAGCUUGCAUAAGAAAUAAGUGUCGGGAUCCUUGUGCUGGAACUUGCGGACAAAAUGCGCUUUGCAGUGUUGUAAAUCACGUUCCAGUCUGCACAUGUCCUUCAGGAAUGGCAGGUAAUGCUUUCGUGAGCUGCUCACCUGUACAAGUGCCUCAAGAAACUGAUCCAUGCAACCCAUCACCUUGCGGGUCCAACAGUCAGUGUCGCAAGAUCAACAACCAGGCAGUUUGUUCUUGCAUACCUGGAUACUUAGGUGCUCCACCAAAUUGUCGACCAGAAUGUGUUAUCAGCUCGGACUGCACUGCCAACAUGGCUUGCAGCAAUCAAAAGUGUAUAGAUCCAUGUCCAGGUACUUGCGGCAUUCGUGCGCAGUGUAACGUCGUCAAUCAUAACCCAAUAUGUAGUUGUCUUGCUGACUUGACUGGAGAUCCAUUCGUAAUGUGUACGCCGAUUCCUCAAGAACCAGAAGCACCCAAAAAUCCAUGCCAGCCAUCACCAUGUGGUCCUAAUGCUUUCUGUCAAGUGAUCAACAACUCACCCUCGUGCUCUUGUCUGCCAGAAUUCACUGGCAUUCCACCAAACUGUAGACCAGAGUGCGUAAGUAACAGUGAGUGUUCAACAAACUUGGCCUGUAUCAAUCAGAAAUGUCGGGACCCAUGUCCUGGAUCUUGUGGAGCUAAUGCAGAAUGUCGUGUCAUCAGUCAUACGCCUAUGUGUGUCUGCAUGCCAGGAUUCACUGGUGAUCCAUUUACUCAGUGUUCAAUCAAACAAAUGGACCCGUUACCUGGAGUCCAAGCAACGCCAUGUGUUCCUUCGCCAUGUGGCAGCAACGCCGUUUGUCGGGAACAAAAUGGAGCAGGUGCUUGCUCUUGUCAACAAGAUUACAUUGGCAAUCCUUAUGAAGGCUGCAGGCCUGAGUGUACCGUAAACUCAGACUGUACAUCAGAUCGUGCAUGUAUUAGAUCGAAAUGUCAGAAUCCGUGUCCAGGAACUUGUGGACAGAAUGCAAUUUGUCAAGUAGUCGACCAUCGGCCGUCUUGUACAUGUCAGUCAGGUUACAGUGGAGAUCCAUUUAGAUUCUGCAGCGUUGUGCAAGACCCACCAACACCAGAUGUCGCUAGACCAUGUGAUCCAUCUCCGUGCGGACCUAACAGUCAAUGUCGUGAAAAUAACGGCCAGGCAAUUUGCUCAUGUUCUCCAACAUUCGUCGGCACGCCGCCUUACUGUCGUCCCGAGUGCUCAGUCAGCUCAGAGUGUCCUCUAAACCGCGCGUGCAUCAACAACAAGUGCGUGGACCCAUGUCCUGGAAUAUGCGGUGUCAAUGCUAAAUGUAAUGUCAUCAAUCACAGUCCGUUCUGUAGCUGUAAUGCCGGACUAACUGGAGAUCCAUUUAUAAAAUGUUUCGACGCACCAGUUGCUCCUGAAAGCAAACCAUCAACUAAUCCAUGUCUUCCAUCACCUUGUGGGCCAUUUUCCAUGUGCCGCGAUAUUGGAGGCAUUCCGUCAUGUUCCUGCGAAGCUUCUUACGUCGGAUCGCCACCAAACUGUCGACCAGAGUGUACCAUCAACUCAGAAUGUGUCAGCAAUCUUGCUUGUCUUCGCUUCAAGUGUCGAGAUCCAUGUCCAGGUUCAUGUGGAAUCGACGCUCAGUGCAGUGUAAUAAACCAUACGCCAGUUUGCACAUGUCCUGAAGGAUUCACAGGUGACCCAUUCACCAGUUGCACUUUCAAACAACCGGUUCAAGACGUCGUACCAGCAAAUCCAUGUGAUCCUUCUCCUUGUGGAGCAAAUACUCAAUGCCGUGACGGUAUCUGUACAUGUCUACCAGAAUAUCACGGAGAUCCUCACUACGGAUGCCGACCAGAGUGUGUCCAGAAUCCAGAUUGUCCAUCAAACAAAGCAUGUAUUCGCAAUAAGUGUGCUGACCCUUGUCCAGGAGUCUGCGGUGCUAACGCUGAAUGCAACGUAGUUCAGCACAUUCCGAUGUGCAGUUGUCCUGCUGGAACAACUGGAAAUGCGUUCGCUAACUGCAUAACUGCCAUCGAGCCAACAGUGACCAAUCCAUGUGACCCGUCACCUUGUGGUCCAAAUAGUCGUUGCCAGCAGACAAAUGGUCAAGCCGUGUGUUCCUGUGUCCUAGGAUUCAUUGGUCAUCCACCAGCAUGUAGACCAGAGUGUGUCAGCAACAGCGAGUGUUCUCUGAACGAAGCCUGUGUGAAUCAAAAAUGCCUUGACCCCUGUCCUGGAUCUUGUGGAGUAUCAGCGCGCUGUCAAGUGGUAAAUCACAAUCCUAUAUGCAGUUGUCCUUCUUCUUUCACUGGAGAUCCAUUCAUCAGAUGUACUCCCAUGCAAGAAAGACCUGCGGAUACACAGAAUCCUUGUCAACCAUCUCCAUGCGGAGCUAAUGCUCAGUGUCAAGUUAUCAACAAUUCGCCUUCCUGCUCAUGCUUACCAGAAUAUCUUGGAUCGCCUCCAAACUGUCGUCCGGAGUGUGUCAGCAAUGGAGAAUGUCCUAGUCACCAAGCUUGUAUCAACAGAAAAUGCCAAGACCCUUGUCGCGGAUCAUGUGGGCAGAAUGCCGAAUGCUUUGUUAUCAAUCAUACGCCAACUUGCAGCUGUAUGAAUGGAUUUACUGGUGAUCCGUUUGCUCAAUGUGCCACGAUACCGCCUCAGCAACCGGAGUCAUCACGUCAGCCUUGUGUGCCAUCACCCUGCGGUUCAAAUGCCAUCUGUCGGGAACAAAACGGUGCCGGGUCUUGUAGCUGUAUGCAAGAUUACAUUGGAAACCCUUACCAAGGAUGUAGACCCGAAUGUACUGUCAACACAGAUUGUCCAGCAAACUUGGCAUGCAUAAGAUCUAAAUGUCAAGAUCCAUGUCCGGGAACAUGUGGACAGAAUGCCAAUUGUCAAGUAGUCUCGCAUUUGCCUUCUUGUACAUGCAACCCAGGGUAUACUGGCAAUCCGUUCAGCUGGUGCAACCAGUUCCAGCCAGAAAAAGAUCCUGUUGUUAAUGAUAAUCCAUGCAGCCCUUCACCUUGUGGACCAAACAGCCGCUGCCAGGUCAACAAUGGCCAAGCAAUCUGUUCAUGUGAAGCUCAAUUCAUUGGAAGUCCACCAAACUGCCGUCCCGAGUGUACGAUAAGCUCUGAGUGUGCAGCUAGUCUUGCGUGUGUAAAUCAAAAGUGCAAAGAUCCUUGUCCUGGUACCUGUGGUACCAAUGCUCAAUGUAGAGUAAUUAAUCAUAGUCCGAUAUGUAGUUGUAAAACUGGAACAAGUGGAGAUCCCUUCGUCCAGUGUUUCGCUGUUGUUCUCCCAGAUCUCCAGCCGAUAGAUCCAUGCAAUCCGUCACCUUGUGGACCCAAUUCAGUAUGCCGAGCUAUUGGUGACAGUCCAUCGUGUGCGUGUGUCAAUAAUUACAUCGGCUCGCCGCCAAACUGCCGACCGGAGUGUACAAUUAACCCGGACUGUACCAGCGACAAAGCCUGCAUGAGAGAAAGGUGCCGAGAUCCUUGCCCAGGAUCAUGUGGACUCUAUGCCCAGUGCAAUGUCGUCAAUCACACACCAGUUUGCACAUGUCCUGAAGGGUUCACUGGAGACCCAUUCACCAGAUGUUCUCCAGCUCCACCACCAACUCCUUUAGUUCCGGAAGAUCCUUGCAAUCCAUCGCCAUGUGGUCCCAAUGCUCAGUGUCGCAACGGACAGUGCUCGUGUCUUCCCGAGUAUCAGGGAGACCCUUACGCUGGGUGUAGACCCGAGUGUGUUGUCAACGAAGACUGUUCUCGUACUCAAGCCUGCAUCAAUCAGAAAUGCCGCGACCCUUGUUCAGGAGUUUGUGGAAUUAACGCUGAGUGUAAUGUAGUAAAUCACUUGCCUAUGUGUAGCUGUCCAGUUGGAAUGUCAGGCAAUGCUUUUAUUCAGUGUUCAGUAGUCCAAGACUCUCCAGUUCAAGAUCCAUGCAACCCAUCACCUUGUGGAUCCAACAGUCACUGCCAGACUGUCAACAGUCUCGCGGUAUGCAGCUGCGUCCCAGGUUUCCUUGGAACACCACCUUCAUGUAGACCCGAGUGCGUCGUCAGCGCAGAUUGUCCACGUAAUCGCGCGUGUAAUAAUCAAAAGUGUAUAGAUCCUUGUCCAGGUACUUGUGGACUCAGCGCCGAGUGUCUCGUUAUAAAUCACAAUCCCGUGUGCAGCUGCCCGGCUGGAUUCACUGGAGAUCCAUUCGUCCGUUGCUUACAGACGCCUAAAGACCCAGAACCUACUAUAGAUCCCUGUCAGCCAUCACCUUGUGGACCUAACUCUCAAUGUCGCGUCAUCAACAACAGUCCCUCGUGUUCUUGCAGUCAAGAAUUCAUCGGCAGUCCACCGAAUUGCAGACCCGAGUGCGUCAGCAACAGCGAGUGUUCUUCCCACCUCGCAUGCAUAAAUCAAAAGUGCCGCGACCCGUGUCCAGGAUCCUGUGGAUCCAACACUAAUUGCGCUACAGUCAGUCAUACUCCCAUGUGUUCAUGUGUCUCAGGAUUCACUGGAGAUCCAUUCUCUCAAUGUAAUCUUAUGCCUGCAACUCCCUCGCCUCAGCCUCAGCAAAAUCCCUGUGUGCCAUCACCCUGCGGCGCUAAUGCAAUUUGCCGCGAAACUUAUAAUACAGCAUCCUGUUCCUGUGCCCCAGACUUCUUUGGAAAUCCCUACGAGGGCUGUAGACCCGAGUGCGUUGUUGACAGCGACUGUUCUGCAGAUCGUGCUUGCGUCAGAUCUAAAUGUACUAACCCGUGUCCUGGUACUUGUGGCCAGAACGCCAUGUGCCAGGUUGUAAAUCACUUACCAACUUGUUCAUGUCUGACUGGAUACACUGGAGAUCCAUUCCAGUAUUGCCGACCCGCUGAGCAAAUUCCAACAGAAGUAACCGAUCCAUGCAAUCCCUCACCUUGUGGACCCAACAGUCAGUGCCGAAACCUUAACAAUCGUGCUAGUUGCUCAUGCCUGCCCAAUUACAUCGGCAAUCCACCUGGAUGUCGACCCGAGUGCAUAUCCAGCACCGAAUGCUCCACAUCUCUCGCGUGCAUCAACCAAAAAUGCGCUGAUCCUUGUCCAGGUGUCUGCGGCGUUGACGCGAGAUGUGAAACAAGAAACCAUAGUCCUAUUUGCAGCUGUAGACCUGGACAAACUGGAGAUCCUUUCGUUAAAUGCUUUGACAUGCCACAACCCGACGAAUCAAUAAAACCAGCAAGCCCAUGUGUUCCGUCACCCUGCGGUCCUUUCUCAAUGUGCCAAGACAAUGGAGGCUACCCAGCGUGCUCAUGUCUCCAGAACUACGUCGGUUUCCCACCAAACUGUCGACCGGAGUGUUCAAUAAAUACUGAUUGUAACCGUGACCAAGCAUGUAUCAGAGAAAAGUGUCAAGAUCCUUGUCCAGGGUCUUGUGGUACCCGAGCCCAGUGUAAUGUCGUUAAUCAUACUCCAGUGUGUACCUGUCCCGCAGGGUAUACUGGAGAUCCAUUUACUUCCUGUACCUUACAAAUUUCACCACCUGAACCUCCGGUAGCUAAUGACCCAUGUGACCCUUCACCUUGCGGACCAAACACUCGAUGCCGUGACGGUAUCUGUACAUGUCUAUUAGAGUAUCACGGAGAUCCUUAUUUCGGUUGUCGACCUGAGUGUGUACAGAACUCAGAUUGUCUCUUCAACAAGGCCUGCAGUAACAAUAAAUGUGUUGACCCCUGCCCUGGAAUAUGUGGUCGCAAUGCCGAGUGCAAUGUCGUCAAUCAUAUUCCUAUGUGCAGUUGUAUUGCUAAUUAUGAAGGCGAUCCUUUCACUCUUUGUCAACCUGUCCAACGACCAACUGGUAAUCCAUGCGAACCUUCACCAUGCGGACCCAAUAGCGUAUGCAAGAGCUUCGGAGAGCAGGCUUCGUGCUCAUGUCUCCCAGGGUUCUUUGGCAACCCACCGAGCUGUCGGCCCGAGUGUAUCGUAAGCUCUGACUGUGAGCAAAGUCGCGCGUGCAUCAACCAGCGGUGCCAAGACCCUUGUCCUGGAUCCUGUGGACAAAAUGCCCUCUGUGCUGUCAGAAAUCACAAUCCUAUAUGUAGUUGUCCGCAGAGAUACUCCGGUGAUCCGUUUGCUUACUGUUCUCCUAUGAAAGAACCCGAUGAACCAGUGACUAAUCCGUGCAGUCCCUCGCCCUGCGGAUCCAACGCCCAGUGUACUGUUUCCAACAAUUCGCCCUCUUGCAGUUGCCUACCAAAUUUCGUUGGCUCACCACCCAAUUGUCGGCCAGAGUGUCGGGUUAACAGUGAAUGCCCUACCCAGUUAGCUUGCAUCAACCAGAGAUGCAGAGACCCUUGUCCUGGUUCUUGUGGCAUUAAUGCUCUUUGCCAGGUCACAAGACAUCAACCCUCGUGUUCUUGCCAACAGGGAUUCACUGGUGAUCCCUUCACUCUUUGCUCAUUUAUUACCAAUAAACCAGAGCCAUCAGUACCACCAAGACCAUGCAGUCCAUCACCAUGUGGAGCUAACGCGUACUGUCGCGAACGUUACAACACCGCGGUCUGCGAAUGCUGGCCAGACUACCGAGGAAAUCCAUAUGAAGCUUGUCAUCCAGAGUGUUUAGUAAACACAGACUGUCCAAAUGCUCUAGCAUGUAUACGUACCAAGUGUCAAGACCCUUGUCCAGGUACUUGUGGUAUUGGAGCGACUUGCACAGUUUCUAAUCACGUGCCAGUGUGUUCGUGUCCUCACCCAACAGUUGGCGAUGCUUUUACUCUUUGUCAAACUCCACCGACGAACAAAGUCUCAGAUCCAUGCAACCCGUCGCCUUGUGGACCCAAUACAGUCUGCGAGAACGUUGGGCAACGCGUGGUGUGCAAAUGUCUUCCAGGAUUACAAGGAGAGCCUUCGAGUCUAGCUGGUUGUCAUCCAGAGUGUGUAUUGAGUUCAGAUUGCGCUGGCGACAAGGCUUGUGAGAACAACAGGUGCGUUGAUCCAUGUGCUCGUGGAGUCUGCGGAGCUGGUGCUGUUUGUCGUGCCAUCAACCAUAGUCCAGUUUGCAGUUGUCCUGUUCCGCUGAUGGGCAAUCCGUUUGUCGAGUGCUACGCCAAGAAAGAAGCGGAUCCUUGUAAUCCAUCACCUUGUAACAUAAACGGAGAAUGCCGCGUACGUAAUAACGUCGCGUUCUGCGUCUACCCCGAGUGUCUUAUCAACUCAGACUGUCCGCGAGACCGCGCUUGCUUCUCGCAGAGGUGUCGCGACCCUUGCGUUGGUGUCUGUGGUGUCAACUCAGUUUGUCAGACCAUCAAUCACAAUCCAAUUUGCUCAUGUCCAGCUGGAUUUACUGGUGACCCGCAGAUUCAGUGUAAGAUCACAGCGCUAGAGAUACCAAGACCUGAAUGCACGAGGAACUCGGAAUGUACCAAUGACAAAACUUGCUGGGAACAGAAAUGCGUUGAUCCUUGUACUCUGGGAUCGUGUGGGUACAACAGUAGAUGUCAAGUGCUGCUUCAUCGUGCUGUCUGUGUCUGCAAUGAAGGAACUACCGGCAAUCCUCAACAAUUCUGCAGAGAAAUCGGCUGUCGCAGUGAUCAUGACUGCCCUGUAAGUCAAUCGUGCAUAAAUGAGCAGUGUACUGACACUUGUUCGCUGAUGCAGUGCGGCAUCAAUGCAAUUUGUCAAUCAGAUGGCUACCGCAAGCCUCAGUGUGCCUGUCACGAUGGGUACCAAGGAGAUCCAAACCGACGUUGCGAACGUACUGAAUGUGUUAAAGACACUGAUUGCCCAUCAUUCUUGGCUUGCAAUAACAACAAGUGUACUGAUCCAUGUGCUGGACACUGUCCAACAACUGCGCAAUGUCAAGUUGCUAAUCAUCGAGCAUUCUGUCGCUGCCCACCAGGAUUCAUUGGUGAUGCUUACAAAAAUUGUCUCAAAGAACCAGAAGCGCUGCCGGAAUGUACAGUUGACGCAGAUUGCCCAAGUAAAUUGGCUUGCUUCAGCGGAACUUGUAAAGAUCCUUGCAGAGAAUCACAACCUUGUGUCACCAAUGCUAAGUGUACUGUCGUAGACACUCUGCCAGUAAGAACAAUGAUCUGCGAAUGCGCUCCAAAUUACAUCGGGGAUGCUACAGUAGCAUGUGCGCCAGUAGCUCAGCAAGUAGAGGAAAUCUGUCGGUCAAACGGAGAAUGUCAACUGAACAUGGCUUGUCUUAACAGCCGAUGUGUCAACCCAUGUACCAUCAAUCCUUGUUCAAGUACUGCUGAGUGCCGUGUCGACAACCAUCAGCACACGUGCGUAUGUCCUAAAGGAACAACUGGAGAUCCGUUUGUGAGCUGUCACAGUCAUACGAUAACACUUCCUGAGUGCACGAGCAACUCGGACUGUUCUUACAACCUAGCCUGCAUAAAUCAACGCUGCCAGAAUCCUUGUUCUGGUGACAGAUGUGGGCUGAAUGCGGACUGCAUCACAAUAGGACACCAUCCAACCUGUCACUGUCCUCAAGGCUACGCUGGAGAUCCACAGAAUCAGUGUUUCAAACCCGAGUGCCAAGUGGACAAUGACUGUCCCUAUGACAAGACAUGUAGGAAAGGAUACUGUACUAAUCCGUGUGUAGGUGACGUGAUGUGCGGCCGUGGAGCUGAGUGCACAGUCUCUAGCCAUCGAGCUCACUGCACUUGUCCUCAAGGAACUCAAGGAGACUCCCGAGUCGCCUGUAUAUCAGCGAUAUGUCACUACAAUGAAGAUUGUCCAGAUGAUCAAGCUUGUGACAGACUGAACCGAGUUUGUAGACCAGCUUGCGAUGAUGAAAGCUGCGCGGAAACUGCGACAUGCAUUGCCAGGAACCAUCAGCCCAAGUGUGUCUGUGGACCUGGUACCACUGGAAAUCCUUACGUCGAAUGUCUUGGCAUCCCAGAUGUCCAAGAAGAGUGUCGAGUUGACUCUGAAUGUCCACCACUACUCGCUUGCAUCAACGCGCGCUGUCAAGACCCUUGCGUCCUCUCGGACAUGUGUACACCCGAGCAGCAGUGCCGUGUGCUCAACACAGCUCCUCUGCGCACAAUGAUCUGCGUCUGUCCACCAGAUACUUUCACGGACGCGAAUGGCAAGUGUCAGAAAAUUAUCUGGGCUGAUGUCCAGUGUCAUUCUGACGACGAAUGCGACAAUCAUGAGACUUGUUUCAAUGGAAACUGCGUGGAAGCUUGUUUGACCAUUCGCUGUGGCAUAAACGCUCAGUGCAAGUCAACAUCUCAUAGUGGACUGUGUGUCUGCGCUGCAGAUUUCACUGGCAAUCCUUACAUCGAGUGUUCAGCAACACCACGGAACCCUCUGCCUCCACCACUGCCUGAAUGCUACAGCAACAGCGAGUGCGCUAAUGACAGACAAUGUAUUAAUCUCAAGUGCGUAAAUCCUUGCGCGGCUGGUGAUCCCUGCGGUAGAAAUUCGCUCUGUCAUGUAGAUGAUCACAAUCCGAUUUGCAAGUGUCCUAUUAAUUAUAUGGGAGAUCCAAGGAUCGAGUGCAUACCACCAGCAGUAAUUUUGGGAUGUCUUUCUAACGGAGAAUGUGCUGGUACUGAAGCCUGCGUCAACGGAAGGUGCAUCAAUCCUUGCAACUGUGGACCAAACUCUAACUGUGUCGUUGCUAAUCACUAUCCAUCUUGUGUCUGUCAUCCAGGAUACUCUGGUAAUCCUCAGCUGGGUUGUACCAAGCUCGAGUGCGAGACAACUCAAGACUGUCCUUACGAAGAGGCCUGUCAUACUGGACGAUGUGUGAACCCUUGUCUGCUGGAGAACGAGUGCGUUAUCAACGCAGAAUGCUACGGAAAGAAUCAUCGCAGCGCUUGUCGUUGCGGUCCAGGUUACUUUGGAAACCCGGAAGUACUUUGCGAGCGUGCUGAGUGCACUAGUGACUACGAGUGUCCUCAGAAUCUCGUCUGCGAGAAUAAACGAUGCGUGGAUCCUUGUGUGGAUCGUUCACCGUGCGCGUCGAAUGCCAUCUGCUUUGUCAGAACUCACACGCCUUCAUGUAGAUGUCCGGAGAGCUUGCCAGUCGGUGAUCCAUUUUCGUACUGCGAGAGACGUCCACCGAUCGCUGCUGAAGAACCUGAGUGUCGUAAAGACAUUGACUGUCCGAGCAAACUCGCUUGCAUAAAAGAAACUUGCGUGGAUCCUUGUCAUGUAAUUCGUCCUUGCCUAGAAAACGCACGAUGCGGAGUUCUGGACACUGUACCAGUAAGAACAAUGGUAUGCACAUGUCCAGAUGGAUGGGUAACUGAUCCAGAUGGAGUUUGCCGACAAAUACCAAUCACAUUAGUCGGCGCUUGUACAUCUGACUCCGAGUGUGCCGAUCAGGAAGCUUGCGUCAAUCGACGAUGUCGCGAUCCCUGUAACUGCGGUCGCAAUGCCAAUUGCUUCGUACGUAACCACAAACCCAUAUGUUCCUGUGAGCAAGGAUAUCAGGGUAAUCCAGAGGUCGCUUGUUACUCGGCCGAGUGUCAAGCUGACUCGGAGUGUAUGCCAGACAAGACUUGCAUCAACAACAACUGCGUAAACCCAUGUUUGUUCUCUUCAGACAAGUGUGGAGUAAACGCCGAAUGCUUCCCGAGCAAUCACGCGGCAGAGUGUCGUUGCCGCGAUGGCUACGUAGGAAACCCACGAGACAAGUGCCACGUUAUCGGGUGCUACAGCAACGGAGACUGUCCAAGUGACCUUUCUUGCGUUAAUAAACAGUGUACUAAUCCAUGUCUUCAUGAUAAUCCUUGUUCCGCACGCGCUGAGUGUCAUGUCCGCGGACAUUUGCCCACUUGUAGAUGUCCAACCGGCUAUGAAGGCAAUCCUCUGGUUGAUUGUCGUCUUGCGAUUGAACCAGAGUGCCGAGUCGACGGAGAUUGUCCAUCAUUGUCUGCAUGCUUUAAUCAAAAGUGCCAGAACCCGUGUACUGUCAUCGAGCCAUGUCUGAGACCAUCUGAGUGCCGGGUGCUACCAACUUUGCCCGUCAGGACGAUGGUUUGUGUAUGUCCUCCAGGAUACAUCAGCAGUGGAAGUGGUACCUGUCAACCCACAGCACCAAUCAUUCAAAUCGGCUGCACAAGUGACAGUGAUUGUGCUUCCGACAAGUCUUGUGUCAACGGUAUCUGCAGAGAUCCAUGCGCUUGUGGAAGUAACGCGAUCUGCAAUGUCAUCAACCACAAACCCAUCUGCUCAUGUGUCACUGGCUAUGAUGGAAAUCCUGAGAUCGAUUGUACUCCAGUCACUGGGUGCAGAUCUGACAGUCAAUGCAGUGAAACUCACACGUGCGUUCAAAAUACCUGCGUCCCAGCUUGCUCGCCACUAUUAUCAGCUUGUGCUAAAGGAGCAGAGUGCUAUGGCAUCGAUCAUCAAGCCGUCUGUGAGUGUCCUCCAGGCUACGUUGGUAACCCGAGAGUCUCCUGUAGCCUCCUUGGGUGCCGUACCAACUCAGAUUGUCCCACCAACAAGGCCUGCAUAAAUAAUCGCUGCGAAAAUCCUUGCACCAAGAACCCCUGCACCGGAGAAACAGAAUGCAGCGUCUACAAUCACGCGGUCGAGUGUUCAUGUCCACCAGGUUACGUCGGUAACGUCAGAGAAGGCUGCGAAAAGAUUCCUGGAACCUGUAAACAAGACUACGAGUGUCCUGCGCAGACUGCUUGUUUCGACGGCGAGUGUAUCAACCCAUGUACCAAAAUAGAACCUUGUGGAGUAAAUGCCGAGUGUAAUGUCUUGGAUACUAAGCCCGUAAGAACGAUGAUUUGCGAAUGUAUUCCUGGUUAUCGAGGCAAUGCAGUAAUUCGCUGUGACAAGACUCGCGUCUGCGCUGUAGAAAAGGGCCAGAUAAAAGACCAAAAUGGCAACUGUGUCUGUCCUCCAGGGACAGCUAAAAAUGUCCAAGACAUCUGCGUUCCUUGUCUUCCAGAAAACGGAUUCAAAAUCACUCCAGAUGGAAGAUGCGAGUGUGCACUAGAACGUGGCUUCAUUGUCGACGAUCAUGGCAACUGCGUCUGCUCAACUGAACACGGCUGGAGACUAGACCACGAAGGAAAUUGUAGACUAGUUUCUAUCAUCGAGUGUGCUGAAGAUGACGACUGCGCUGAUGAUAAAUACUGUAGGAAAUCAACUAAAACAUGCGAAGAUCCAUGCCAGCCUUACAAUUGUACCCAGAAUGCUUCGUGCACCGCAACGAGACAUCGCGGAAUAUGCAACUGCAUCAAGGGCUACACUGGCAAUGGGUACACCCACUGCGAGCCUCUCAAACCCAUGGUAGGUCGGACAGACUUCCCGCGACCUGAAAUGGAAGCCAGCUGUUUGUCUGACGGUGUCCAGGUCCAGAUCCACGUUCAAGAUGAAGGAUUCGAGGGCGUGCUGUACGUCAGAGGACGCAGUAAAGAUGAACAGUGUCGGAGAAUUUUGUCUAUUCCCGCUGACAAGAGCGACAGAACCGAGACCUUCAAAGUAAACUUCGGCAGCUGCGGUUUGAUUCACGUAAAUGGCGAAGCCAGCUUCGUUCUUGUCAUACAGAAACAUCCUAAAUUAGUCACUUACAAAGCUCAAGCCUAUCACGUCAGGUGUAUGUAUCAGACGGGCGAGCAGAAUGUCACGUUGGGCUUCAAUGUCUCGAUGCUGACCACUGCUGGUACCAUUGCCAACACCGGACCUCCGCCCACGUGUCUAAUGAAAAUUGUCACGCAGACUGGCAGCGAAAUUCAGUCUGCAGAAAUCGGUGACAAUCUGAUGCUGUCUGUUGAAGUACAGCCCUCGUCAAUUUACGGCGGGUUUGCGAGAAAUUGUGUCGCGAAGACAAUGGAAGACAAUCAAGAAAAUGAAUAUAUUGUUACGGAUGAAAACGGUUGCGCUACUGAUCCAACUAUAUUCGGAGAAUGGGAACAAGAUCAUGAGACUCAGACUUUGACGGCUACUUUCAAUGCUUUCAAGUUCCCGAGCAGCGAUAACAUCAGGUUCCAAUGUAAUAUUAGAGUCUGCUUCGGUAGAUGUCAACCCGUAAAUUGUCGAGGCUACAAUGCAUUUGGACGUAAACGUCGAGAUGUCGGUAAUGAUUACAAUGACACAUCUCUAUCAGUUACUGAAGGAUUUGAUGGUCAACUCAGGGAAGAGAUUACAAUACAAUCAAAUUUGAUACGAACACUUGAGAGACGAGAGGAAAGAUAUACUGCUGAUCCUGCUGAAUCACCAGCAGCGCAGCGAGCUGAAGAUAUUUGCGUAUCAAUGGUCGGUUUCAUAAUAGCACUGGUAAUAACAGCGCUGCUUGCUCUAGUAGCCGUCGCCAUAGCCGUAUCCUGCUGGCUCAUGGCCUACAGACGUCAGCCAAAGACUGCCGGACCACUGCCACAUCCUCCAGAGUUUCCAAACCCUCUUUUCACAACUGAAUCUGUUGCUGAACCUUCACCCGACUAUCACCUCUCAUAAUUCGCUAGUAUUUAAAAAAAAAAAAACAAACAAACAAACAAAUGUUUUUAUACGAAUUAUUUUUAAUAUAACUAUAACUAUAACUAUAAAUAUAAAUAUAUAAAUAAUAAUAAUAAUAAUUACCAAUUUAGAGGAAUGCAUUCCCGACCACUUCGUCCUCACUGGUCGGCAGUGUAUUUCGGAACGCAUUUCCUCCAGUGACUAAUUAGAUUUCUUAUUUUAUUUUAUCUUUCACACGCUUUUAUUUUUUGUUUAAUACUGCGAAGGUGCUUAAUUAGUUAAAAAAAAAAAAAUUAAUUAUAAAAAGCGUGUUGGGGAAUGAUCGAAUUUAGUAAUUCAUGGUGACGGUCUUCGUUCCACUAUCUACUUAUCUCGGAAAAGUUUUACUUUUCCCUCGUGUUUCUAUCUCUAGUCAGUGGAGGACUUGUCUAAUAUAUAUAUAUAAAUAAAGUAAAUAAAUAAAUAAUUAUAGUAAAAUAAGUAAUUAAAAAAUUUAAUUAUAAAUAUAAAUAAAUGUUACGGCGAAUGUAAUUCCUGUGCAAAGUCAAAAUAGUCUAAUAGCUUUUUCAUAAUAAAAAUUAG